GGCUCAGACCAUGAAGUAGUCUAACCUUGAAUUUCUGUAAAUUGCAUUCUCCAGUGUCAAGUGAUGUUUUAGCGUAGCUUCUCAAAUGCACAUGCACACACGCACACAGCACACACACACACACACACACACACACACACACACACACACACACACACACUGCCCCUCUGACACACUCUACAGAGAGGAAGAGAAAGAAUAGGUGAGGAGAAACCUUGCAUCCUACCCUGUCGAAGAGCUCAGAAUCCUGACACCUCUGAAGAAACUUCCAGCAACGUGAUCUAGCUGUGAUGACUAGCUUCAAGUCAGCUUGACACAAACUAGAGUCGUUUUUGUAAAACAGGACCUUAACUGAGAAAAUGACCCUAUCAAGCUGGCCCUUGAGUGUGCCUGUAGAGUAUUUUCUUGACUGGUGAUUGAUGUGGAGGGCCCAAUUCAUUGUCAACAGUGCCAUCCGUGGGCUGGUACUUCCUGGGUUCUAUAACAAACCAGGCUGAACAAGUCAUGAGGAAUAAGUCUGUAAGCAGCACUCCUCUAUGAGCUAAGAAGGAAAGAGCUUACUUUGGCUUAACUUCCACACCACACUCUAUCAUUAAGUGAAAUUCGGGCAGAAUUUUAAGGUUCACCCGCAGUUUGAGAAAUGGUGAAUGACUACAAGAAAAUUGUUCUGCUGUCGGGACUAAAGGGUAUCAGUGACGAUGAUUUUAAAACAGUUAAGUCCUUGUUGAGCAAAGAACUAAAACUAAAUAGAAAAGCGCAGUAUGGUUAUGACAGAGUUAAGAUUGCUGACUUGAUGGAGGACAAGUUCCCAAACGAUGCUGGAAUAGACAUACUGAUAGAACUGUACAAAGAGAUUCCAGAACUUGAAGACCUUGCUGAUGAACUCAAAAGAAAGAAGGCAAAAGCUAAAAGGAAACAGACAGAGAAAAGCAUAAUGGAGGCAAAAAGACACAGGCGAGAUGAACCCAGUACUUCUCAACCUACAUCCACCAUACAUGAAGAUUCAAAACCAGGAUCAGGCAGGAGUACACGGAACUCACAGGCUUCCCAAUUAGCUCCAGCAACUGCUUCUAAGAGGGACCAAGCCACUCAAGUAUCUCCAGAAACAUCAUCUUGCGGGGUUCAAACCCUCCAAGUGACUCUAACCUCAGCAUCCAGCAGUGCCCAGGCCCCUGGAGUGUUUCCAGCAAUACCAGCCAAGAAACCAAGACUGAAGACUGUACCUGAGCAACCUUCUGAGGAAAAUGGUCACCACCGAGGUCCCAAAAAAGUGAUGGUGUUAAAAGCAACAGAACCAUUCGUAUACGACCUGAGAGAAGGGAAAAGGAUGUUCCAUGCCACAGUGGCCACUGAGACUGAAUUCUUCAGAGUGAAGGUGUUUGAUAUUGUCCUGAAGGAGAAGUUCAUUCCCAACAAGGUCAUUAUCAUCUCAAAUUACGUUGGUCGCAACGGAUUCAUAAAUAUAUGCAGUGCCACCAGUGUGUCAGAGGUAAAUGGUAACCAAUCAAUGAAGAUCCCAACUACCCUGAGACAAAGAGCCAACGCAACACCUAAAAUCAAUUAUCUUUGCUCAAAAAGAAGAGGAAUAUUUGUGAAUGGGGUGUUUAUGGUAAAUAAGAGAAAUAAGAAAAAUGACUGCAUUUGCUAUGAAAUCCAAGAUAAAACAGGGAUGAUGGAUGUGGUGGUCUAUGGACGACUGACCAGUGUUGAAUGGAAUCCAGGAGAUAAACUUAGACUCUUGUGUUUUGAAUUAACAUCAAAUGAGGGUAAAGUGCAACUGUGAUCUACGAGGCACAGUAACAUGAAGGUCAUCAAGGCUGAGAAAUGAGAAGCAUCCACUCUCUCCUGCUUCAACUAUGAAACUUCAUGAAUUUUCACUGUGGAGAUUCGGACACCUCUGAUGCUUAAAGAGAUAAGAUCUAGUUCCAACUACAGAUAAAGAUCAUAUGUGUAACAGAUAAAAGUCCAUUCUUUGCUCUAAGAAAUGGUGAUUUUAAUUUUAUCCUUUCUCCAUUUUUUUGUAUUUUAAUUAUAUAAUUUGAUUUUGUAAUGCUUAUACGUUGAAAAGAAGGAAAGCCUUUUACUCUGAAUGAAGUACUUCUGCAAUUUCUUCCAUUUGUUACUGGCUUUAAAAACUUUAUUAUUCCUGUUCAUUCCUCUCCUCAGUCCCCAUCCACAAAAGGAUGUCUAUUCUAUUUCCCCUCCACAGUGAAAUUUGUGUUUUCUGCCCUUGAGCUUUCCUUGAUACUUGGCUUCUCUGAGUCUGUAGAUUAUAGAAUGGCUAUCCUUUGCUUUAUGAUUAUCUACUUAAAAGUGACUACAUACCAUGUUUGUCUUUCUGCAUCUAGGUUACCUUAUUCAGGAUGAUCUUUUCUGGUUCCAUCCAUUUGCCAAAACUUUCAUGAUGUCAUUGUUUUUAACAGCUGGGUAACACUCUACUGUGUAACUGUACCACUCUUUGGUUGAGGGACAUCUUGGUUAUUUCAGUAUCUGCUAGUAUAAAUAAAGCUGUGGCACAAAUA